GCACGACAAAUAAUAACAUGAUACAUAAUAUAGAGUGGAAGAUAAAAAAAGCAACAACAUGAAAAUUAUUAGAACAAUGGAAUAAUACAAAAUAUUCAAAUGCCUAAACGUGUAAAUACUUUUGAUGAUACAAUGCAGUUUAAAUGACCUUUCCAUCAUGAAACGUUUGUUUUUUACAUACUAAAAAAAUGAUAUUCAUUAUCAAUACCAUAGUGUAUCAAUUAUCACAGUUUCAUCCAUUAUGAUCGAAAAUUAUAGUAAAAAUGACAUACUUUUUAAAUAAGACAUCUUAAUAUGUAAAUUAUCUACAUCAAGGUAAUAAUCUGGUCACAUGCGUGAUAAAAUGCAAGACGUUUUAGAAAGUGAACAGAAUUCAACCCAGGCAUCGAAUGAGGCAUUUCAGAUAUCCGAAUAUGUACAGGUCUUAAUCAUCGUCAUGUAUUCUAUUAUAACAAUAAUAGCUGUCGGUGGAAACGGGAUUGUUUGUUAUUUAGUGUAUGCUUAUAAACGAAUGCACACGGUGCCGAACUAUUUCAUUGUAAACCUCGCCGUAAGUGAUAUAAUCAUGGCCGUCUUUUGUAUUCCAUUUACAUUUAUUGCCAAUUUGAUUCUUAAUUAUUGGCCAUUUGGCGAGACAAUGUGUCCUAUUGUGCUAUACAUACAAGUUGUUGCUGUGUUUCUGAGUUCCUACACCCUUGUUGCCAUGAGUAUAGAUAGAUACAUUGUGAUUGUUCAUCCAUUCAAACCAAGAAUCACACAAAAACAAACUGCGUUAACGAUUCUUGGAAUAUGGGUGAUGUCAUUUACUAUACCGUUACCAACGUUUUUGAAAUCACGAGUGAUUUACCAUUCUAACACAAGCGGACAAUGUCUUGAAACCUGGGAAAAUAAUACUGAACAGUAUUCGUAUGGAUUGUCGUUAAUGGUUUUGCAUUACUUUGGGCCAUUGACCAUUUUAUUAUUCUCAUAUUCUAAAAUUGGAUACAAUAUUUGGAUUAAGAACAUUCAAGGAACAGAUAGAAACAAACGAAAACUUCAGUUGGCAACCGCAAAGAAAAAAAUGAUAAAGAUGAUGGUUACAGUUGUGAUAUUCUACGCUUUAUGUUGGUUACCACUUCAUACCAUAACCUUAGUUGGUGACCAUAACCCAACCAUCUACAACAACAAAUAUAUUCCUAUACUAUGGUUGGGUUUUCAUUGGCUUUCAAUGAGUAACAGUUGCUACAACCCAAUAAUUUAUCUUUGGAUGAGCCCUAAAUUUAGAGCUGGCUUACGGAUGGCUCUGAACAGCUGUUGCCAAAAGAAGCAGACGAAAUUGUCGUCUGACGAGGAAAUUUACCAAAAGAUACAAAUUAUCUUCCCGCGCUUACGAUAUGAAUUUCAAAUGGAAGGACAUGUGAAUAAUAAGAGAAAUAUACGACAGAAAAUAAAGGAUUUGAAGUCAGGGGAAUACAUUUUUCCGGAAAGCAGCAUUCACAGUGACACGUGAUCAAAUUUUACAAUAGAGGUACACCAAAAGGAAGAAUAUGUUGUUUAUUCUUUUAUAUAAAAAAUGCUGAAAAGCCUUAUAAAAUGAAAUUUGAAGUUUUAUAGUGCUUGUACAUGUGUCUAACAAUUCAUGACUGGCAUUUGAGAAGUAAAUGGUUCAUUAAAGCAAGUUCAGGCGAAUGGUAGAUAAUUCGAAACAGAUGCCGUAUAUACAAAACAUGGCUAAACAUACUUCAAUUUUGAUUGAUGAAUUAUAUUGUUUAUGCGGUAUAUAUAAUAAUUUAAAGUUUAAUGAAAGUUCUACGGAACAGUUACUAGGUCUCAAUUCUUAUACGUUUCUUGAUAUUUACAUGAUUUAUCUUACUAAAAUACUGUAAGUUUUGAUUUUGUAUCGUAUUGUGUUCUUGUGAAUGUGAGUGAACGCAUUAUUGGUAUUCACAUUAAAUACAUAUAUAACUGAUUUUUAUUAACUUUAAUGA